CCAGUAGCACCUGCGAGCACCAGCACAAACCAACCCGCCAAACGAUCUCACCUUGCUUGCUUGGGUUUGAUCCUCCCACUUACUUACUGUGCUUUAUCACCCGACUAUACGACAAACUCCCUCUCGAUUGGAAUCUAGCCGUAAAGAAACGUUAGCAGAUAUUAUACAGUCCUUUCUCCGACAAAUUUUUACUUUCCUCACCGAUUAUUCCCCCUUCACCCAUUGAAGUGUUUCGUGUACCUCCGCAUUUGCGCCCUCGAUUCAUCAACCGGAAUUCAAACUCGCUGCGCCGAACGAUCGACCGACACUUCAGCCAAGAUUACAUCGAAGACGAAGAAGAGUACUGCCGGACUUGCACGUCAUAAAGCCAUAACCUCCGUUCCGAACCCCCUCGAACAAGAAAAGAUACACCCAACAUGAUGCCAGCGGCGCACGUCUACGGACACCACCAAUUCAACCCUCAGGGAGGAGACUCGGCUUGGAUGCACCAGCAGCCUGGCGCGCAUCAUGCCCAUACCCAGCAACAGCAACAGCAAGUGGCCGCUGCAGCCGCAGCCGCCGUUCAGCAGCAGCAGCAGCAGCAGCACUUUAACCGUCUUGCUGGCGCGGGUCAGCUCCCCGGCCACGGUCAGGAUGCCGAUCACAGCAAUGUCUCGGAGGACAACCGGCGUACCAUGGCCUUUAUAGCCGAUCUUCUCAACGAGAACACUCGGGAGGCUGCUUUGUUGGAACUUAGUAAAAAGCGCGAGCAGGUCCCCGAGUUGGCUCUCAUAUUGUGGCAUUCAUUCGGUGUCAUGACCUCUCUCCUCCAAGAGAUCAUCUCAGUUUAUACUCUUCUUAACCCAUCCCAGCUCACUGCAGCUGCCUCAAACAGAGUGUGUAAUGCACUUGCCCUCCUCCAGUGCGUUGCUUCUCACAACGACACAAGGACCCUGUUUCUCAAUGGUGCGUAUAUCUUGUCUCAUAAAGAGGUUCCACAUGGCUCACAAUAUAUAGCACAUAUUCCUCUGUUCCUCUACCCUUUUCUUAACACCACUUCCAAAUCUCGGCCUUUCGAGUACCUCCGGCUCACGAGCCUGGGUGUCAUCGGUGCGCUUGUCAAGAAUGAUUCAUCUGAAGUCAUCAACUUUCUUUUGACCACAGAGAUCAUUCCUCUCUGCUUGCGCAUCAUGGAGACGGGUUCGGAACUUAGCAAGACCGUAGCCAUCUUCAUCGUUCAGAAGAUCCUUUUGGACGACAAUGGUCUCAACUACAUAUGCGCUACAUACGAGCGGUUCUAUGCAGUUGGUACGGUCCUUAGCAACAUGGUUGCUCAACUUGUCGAGUCACAAACCGCUCGCCUCCUCAAGCACGUCGUCAGGUGCUUCCUUCGCUUAAGUGACAACGCUCGCGCUCGUGAGGCUCUGCGACAGUGCCUCCCUGAGCCACUCCGCGAUGCUACCUUCUCCUCCGUGCUCCGCGAUGACGCAGCGACUAAGAGAUGCCUUGCCCAGCUGCUUAUUAACCUAUCGGACAACGUCGCGGAUCCUAACUCUGGCGGUGUGUCCAGCAUGUAA